AAAAUACUUUUUACUGACGAAAAAGCCAAGUCCCUAUACGAAACUCCUUUUUGGCUGUAAGAGUUGUAAUUUCUCCAUUGGAGUUUAUCUUGUGGAUAUAGAUUUGCGUUGCGGCAUCAAAAUGGCUCGACUCCUCUAGUAAAACGAUGUGAACCUAAGAAAUUGUCGAUGACGUAUAACUAUGCUUACAGUUCAUAAUUGUGUAAGACAGUUUCUAUCAAACUGAUCAGGUAUUCUUUCGCGUCAUCGCUUGCCCUAUCUCAGUUUUUGCAACCCUUUUACGCACCAAGUGUUAACUCUUUUCCGUGGGCUUGUUUUUUAUUCUAUUGUUACUUUUCCUUAUUAUAUUAAGUUUGCGCCAACAUUGAUCCCUCAAAAAAGAACCAUGUUAUUAAAUGCAGUGCCUCUAUGUAAACGCUGGUUCUUUUCCUAGUUCAAGUGUUUUUUGCUUUACUAACAGCUAGCUUUUCAGUGUGCAUUAUCGAAGAAUUUAAGCUGCUAUCCUGAAAUGAACGUUUUCGGAUUUGCAAUCAAUGUGAACGAUAUGCCUUUUUUGUUUCCACAAAAGGGCAGAAAAAGGGGAUGACAAAUACGUUCAAAAACCUCAAAAGAGCAAGAAUCCCUGAAAAUAAUGCGAAAACAGGUAUUUGGAGGGUUUUGGGGCUUUACUCGUCUUUUCGACCAUUUGCCAGGUAAAUCUUGACCAGGAAUGUGAAUUUGGUUCUAAUACAUGUCAACUCAAAGUUUGUCCUGAUGUAUGUCUUUCACUGAUCUGCGAAGCUUAACGAGUCAACAAUUGGGGGAAUCGUUACAAUUCUUGCUCUGUACGUUAUAGUGUCAAAACACCAAUUCACUACCUCGCAAUUUCAUUGUUUUUUCAGUUCAUUACGCUCUUUGGAAAAAAGGAAGGCAAUUUUCUAUAUUUUGCUUGUCUCAUUUUCUAGCUUUUGCAAAAUCGUUAACAUGUUUAAGAUUUGUGUUAGCCCGUGUCUAUGGUGAAUCCCUUUGAAUAACGAUACUCAAUAGAUUUGAGAAAAUCGCCUCAUAAACCCUCAGUAAUAAUCUGUCUAAUCUAUGAUGUGCAUUUGUGUUUUGAGAAACACUAUUUGAUACAGUCUCUUUGCUAAUUCGCCCAUCCCUUGGCUUACUGGGCAGUAUUACUUGCAGCACAUGAUUUUGCUCAGGAUCAAGUCUUGAUUAGAUCGUAAACGAUCCAAUGAUCAAGAUCAAACGAUCAGAUUACAAUCCUUAAUUGGUUCUAUUUAAAGAUUUUUGUGCGAGGAUUUUAGGCAGAAAUCUUUAUCAACAAGGCAGGAUUGAUCGUGAUUCCUUGGUAAACAUGUCUGUGCAUAUACCAAUUUCCGAUGCAAGUUUAGAGGAUAUGUGUGCCAUCUCUCUGGAGCACAAAGAUGACUUUUGCGUGAGUCCGCCUUUUGGUUUUCUGACGGCGGAACAUACGGGCAAAAUGACCUGUCAAGACAGCUCUGUAAUUGUCUUGGUCCGAGACAGCAAAUUUGAAGGAAGAGAUGUCAUAAUCGAGGUGAAUGAUUGCACUGAAGUUCAAACCAUUCGUAAACUUAUAUCAAAGAAACCAAUUUUGACAACGGCACAUUGCCACCAGACGAUCAGCAGAGUAAACGGAAAGGCCGACUCAGAGCCGUCAGUGUCUCUAAAGACGGUAGAUUACGUCGUUCUCAUUAAUACGUCACAUCCGCUUGUUAAGGAGCAGUUCGAGCAGGCUUUUCAAAAGGCAGAAGAUUUCUUGAAGGAAAGGAAGAAUUUCAGGAUUACGAUUGCUAUUAGCGAUUCCAUCCGAAAUUACGUUGAUACGAUGCUAACAAUGGAAGGAUUACAGAUAAUGGGUGAAACCAACGUUUGGAAUUGUGACAUCAUCAUUGCACAUGGUUUGGUGAAGCCACGAUGUGCUGAUCAUUUCUUUGCAUGCAAAAACAAAUGUCAGACCGCUCUUUGGUGUCUUUGCUUUCCAUUUUGCAUGGUAACGGGACUGCCUUACCUUCUGUACAAAAAGUUCUUCAUGGGGUGCAAAGAUGAGACUAUAAAGCAAACAGUUCCUGUCACGUAUCACGAUGGGCCGUUCCUCUUUGGGUUCGACAUAUUGAGUUUGUUGUAUCCACCAAAGCACGCCUUGUCUGCCACAAGCCAGUAUACGUCUGCAAUAUCAAACAUGCGCGGGAAAGUCAGGUUGCCAUCAUUGCCUGGUCCUUCUGAUGAUCCGAUGUAUAGUGGAAGCCAAAAAUCGUCAAAUGCCAGAAGCAAGCGAUGAAAGGACAUGAACUAAUGUGGUGGGGUUACGCUGCCCCAAGACAUAGCAGGAGCUUCCAAUCAGGUGGAGUUUGUCGACAAGGAAGAGUCUUCUACCCCUCAGCUAUAUUCAAGUUACAUUCGUUAACCUUAAGCGUCACUCAUACGAGAGACUCUCUUAUAAAGUAUGGACGAUAUCAUAAUUGUAGCAUGAAUCAGUAGCUGAUGUCAGUUAAAACUGUUUGGUCUUGUAGAAUCGUUUUUAUUUUUUGAUGUUUUUUGAUUUAUUUUUUGUAGAAUCGUCUCAUGCACUAAAAGUUAUGGAAUAAAUGACUAUACGAGGAAACAAUUAAGAUUCCCUAGGAUUUGAGGCUAAAGUAAGAGAUAGUUUGCCAUAAAUUGCUUUCUUAUUAACUUGAGUAACCAUUUAAACAUUCCAAAGCCCGUUUGAUAUAGAAAUUUUUAGAAAAAGGCAGUUUAUUUGUUUACCGCCUUAUAAAUAUAGCAGAUUUUGCAAGAUGGGCUCAAUAGUUAUUUUGAAUUCAACAGAACCACAUACAGGUUCAGUUAAAAAGUAUGCUAAACAGGGUCAGGAGACAAUUCUAGAAAUACUUUCAAAGCCCUUUGCCAUAGAAAGUUCCUUAUUGGCCCAGCCUGCAAACAACAUUUCAACAAAUUCCUUUCCCACAUUGGUGCCACCUCAUUGCAUGUACAAUGAUGUUUCGAAAAUAGCGCACAACGUGUUUAAAUCAUGUCUUAGGGCUGAAUUUUGAGCUGCAGCUCGUGUGUUUAUUUUUUGAGUUGGCUAUUGGAUUCAUUCAGAGUAGAUUUUUCAAUAGAGAGACUGUCUUUUCUAAUAUUUUUCUUAUGUUUUUUGCAAAAGGAAAAUCGUUAGAUCGA